CGUCCACGAUUGUUCGAUAUCGAACAAUAGAUCUAUCUCCAUACAUUUCGAUAAUUGUAUCCGCUGAUUUCAACUCUUCACAGCUAUCAUCGAAUUUUUGUAGGGCACUUCCAUCGUUCGAUCUAUUUUUCUCCAUCUUCACGUUGCUAAGAUCAUAUUAUAUUGACAAAAGAAAGCUCUCAAAUCGAUUGCUAUAGGUUGUAAGAGCAAAAAUCAUCUCUGAAAGGACUUCUCGCAUGAUCUUUGACCAUUUAUGAAAUGUCGGCGUUACUUAAUUCUGGUCUAAAUGGAUCAGCUUCAAAUCUUCCGGACAACACGGCGCGAUCUUUUGCUACAUCCUUCUCUGGCCAGUCCGGUGCGGCAGCCUCUCCUGUUUUUCAUCACAGUGGUGGAACUAUUCAAGGGCUGCAUAAUAUUCAUGGGAGCUUUAAUGUACCCAACAUGCCUGGAACUUUUGCUUCAAGAAACUCUACAAUCAAUAACAUUCCUUCAGGUGGGGUUCAACAACCUACUGGAAGCCUCUCCAGUGGACGGUUUGCGUCCAAUAAUCUUCCAGUUGGUCUCUCUCAGCUGUCUCAUGGCAGUUCCCAUGGACAUUCUGGGGUUACAAAUAGAGGAGGUUUAAGUGUUGUAGGAAAUCCAGGAUAUGGUAGCAACACCAAUGGAAUUGGUGGUUCUAUACCUGGUAUUCUCCCAACCUCUGCUGGAAUAGGUAACCGGAAUGCUGUUCCUGGAUUGGGGGUUUCCCAAAUUUUGGGCAAUACAGGUCCUAGGAUUACGAGUUCUGGAGGAAACAUGGUUGGUGGUGGGAACAUUGGGAGAAGCUUAAGCUCGGGUGGAGGACUAUCUGUCCCUGGUCUUGCAUCUCGUUUGAAUUUAACUGCAAAUAGCGGAUCUGGCAGCUUAGGCAUGCAAGGACAAAAUAGAUUAAUGACUGGUGUGCUUCCACAAGGAAAUCCACAGGUGAUUCCUAUGUUAGGAAACUCCUACCCCACUGCCAUUGGUCCUCUUUCCCAAAGCCAUGUUCAAGGUGUGAACAAUCUCAGCUCUAUGGGAAUGUUGAAUGAUGUGAUCUCCAAUGACAGUUCCCCUUUCGACAUUAACAAUGAUUUCCCUCAGUUGACAAGUCGUCCUAGUUCUGCUGGAGGGCCUCAAGGUCAAUUGGGUUCACUACGAAAACCUGGUCUUGGAGUUAGUCCCAUUGUUCAACAAAGCCAAGAGUUCAGCAUUCAGAAUGAAGAUUUUCCAGCUUUACCAGGAUUUAAAGGUGGUAAUGCUGAUUACACUAUGGAUUUGCAUCAGAAAGAACAAUUGCACGACAAUACCUUGUCAAUGAUGCAAUCUCAGCACUUCUCUAUAGGGAGAUCUGCUGGGUUCAACUUAGGAGAGGCUUAUUCAUCCUAUCGUCCUCAGCAGCAACAGCAACAUGCCCCAGCUGUCAGUAGUGGCGUCUCUUUUGCAUCUGUAAACAAUCAAGAUCUUCAUGGUUCAGAACUAUUUCCGUCUUCACAUUCAGCCUAUCACCCACAGACCAGUGGACCACCAGGAAUUGGGCUGAGACCUUUAAAUUCUCCGAAUACGGUAUCUGGUGUUGGAUCAUAUGACCAGCUCAUCCAGCAGUAUCAACACCAGAACCAGCCCCAGUUUCGACUACAACAAAUGUCGACUGUCAAUCAACCAUUUAGAGAUCAGGGCAUAAAGUCCAUGCAGACAGCACAAUCUGCACCUGAUCCAUUUGGGUUACUUGGCUUGUUAAGUGUUAUAAGGAUGAGUGAUCCUGAUCUGACCUCCCUGGCACUUGGAAUUGAUUUAACAACUCUUGGAUUGAAUUUGAAUUCAGCUGAGAGUCUUCACAAGACUUUUGGCUCCCCAUGGUCUGACGAGCCAGCAAAGGGUGAUCCAGAGUUCAAUGUUCCAAAGUGUUAUUAUGCUAAGCCACCACCUCCACUGGAUCAUAAUUACUUUUCAAAGCUCUGGACAGAAACGUUGCUCUAUGCCUUUUACAGCAUGCCAAAAGAUGAAGCUCAAUUACAUGCCGCAAACAUACUUUAUGAAAGAGGCUGGUUAUACCACAAGGAGCAGCGGCGUUGGUUAAAAAGAGUCCCCAACACAGAGCCACUUGUUAAAACGAGCGCAUAUGAGAGAGGGUCUUACCAUUGUUUUGAACCGAACACAUUUGAGAUAACACUCAAGGAAAAUUUCGUUCUCCAUUAUGAGAUGGUGGAAAAGAGACCGGGUCUGCCUCAACAUUAACCAGUGUUCUAUUUUGAAAUGUAAACACGCAUCAUUGAUUAGAACAAAGGAGGUCAAUUUCCAGUGUUAGUGCCUGCUUGAAAUUUGGUUAUUUUCAGCAAUUGUAUAGCCAUCAUGUUGCGCAGGGAUUUUUCAUUUUAACCAACAACUCUAUAUCUUCUCAA